CGCCUCAGUCUUCCAGAACUCAUAACUUAUUCAUCCACAUCACCUUUCUCACGCCCAUCUCUACUUCUCGUGCUGCCAAUCCCAGUCACUGCGGAUCCCGAAUCACUGCGUUGAUAUCAUCUACCGGAUCCAUCACCUUCCACGAUCACGCGACGACGCCAACUCAUCAAUCAUGGGUAACGACGGCGGCUCCAUCCCCAAGCGUCGCGAGCUCGUCAAGAAUGCGGCGCGCGCUCCAACUACUUCCGAACUCAAAGCGACAGCCCUCGAAUCGCUCGCUCACGCUUGGGCGCACUGCGCUCUCAGCGGCGAACCCCUCGACGUCGAUACUCUUGUCUCCGACUGGCGCGGCCGUCUGUACAACUACGAAGCGAUUAUCAAAGGUCUUAUGCCCUCCGAUGAACCAGUUGAUAUCACACCCGCAAGCUUGGGUAUCAAGUCACUACGAGAUGUGGCGAAGCUGAAGGUUUCCAAGAAUGGUGACAAGUGGGUGUGUCCCAUCUCCAUGAAGGAGCUUGGCCCUGCUGUCAAGUCUGUCUACCUUGUACCUUGCGGACAUGUUUUUGCAGAUGUCGCUAUGAAGGAGAUCCAGGAAAAGGCAUGUCCAGAGUGCGGCGCCGAAUUUGAGCAAGACAACAUCGUUCCACUUCUUACAAACUCCGAGGCGGAUAUUGAGCGAUUGGAGAAGAGAAUCGAGAACCUCAAGAGCCAAGGACUUACACAUACCCUGAAGAAGGACAAGUCGGAAAAGAAGAAGAAGCGCAAGGGUGAUGAUGUCGAGAAGGAGGACAAGGCUGCCAAGGAGAAGAUAACAGAGGAUGCUAGAAUCAGCGGUAUCAACAAUUCAUUUGCGGCUUCGUUAACGGCAAAGGUAUUGGCUGAACAGGAUGAGAGGAAUAAGAGGAGAAAGCUGGUGGCAGAGUCUGCGAGACGGGAGACUGCUAGAGGCUGAGAAUAGGACUACAGUACAUAAUGAUACCCAAAAUAAAUGAAGUCUCGCAUGAACAACAAGCAUUGGAGGCUCUACCUUAUACUGGAAAGGUAAACGGAGCGUCAGAAGUGAAAGCCAAAGUUUAAGCAGACACUAUGAGUUUAAGAAUAAAUGAAUCGUGCAAUGGGAGUUUCUUCAUCGG